UCGAAACGACAGUCGCUUCAACUCAAACCCUCAAUCUCAGCUGUCUCGGUCCGAGCUCCGAAUAGAGAGGUAAAUUUGCCGAAAGAUCAUGGGCAAAAAGGUCAAAUGGAGCUGGACCUCAGCAAUUAUCGGAGCGGCGUCGGCUUUAGCGACGACAGCGCUGUUGUCGUCGAAGCCCAAGGACCCAACCUUCCACCUCAUCUCCAUCAAUCUCACCUCCUUCAAGCUCAACCUCCCAGUUCUCGACACCGACCUCAUCCUCACCGUCCACGUCACCAACCCCAACAUCACAGCCGUCCACUACUCCUCCACCUCCAUGUCCAUCUUCUACAACGGCUCGCUUCUCGGCUCGGCCGAAGUUGAAGCCGGCUCUCAGCCGCCCAAGUCAUGCCAGCUGCUCCGCCUGCCUGCGCGGCUCGACGGGCUCCAGCUGGCCCACCACGCCGCUACCUUUGUUGCUGACGUGGCGAAGCGGGAGAUGGUGCUCGACGCGGCUGUGGAUAUUGCUGGGGCGGCGAGGAUUUUGUGGUGGGAUCACAAGUUUAAGGUUCACGUGGAUAGUCGCGUGACCGUUGAUCCAGUUUUUCUUGACGUCAUUGAUCAGGAAAAUAAGUUGGAGAUGGAGAUUUUUCUUGCUUGAGUUGAGUUCCCAUGUUUUCAGAAAUUAGAAGUGUUUUUAAUUUUCUUUCUAAAGGCUUCUUGCUGGCUUUGUUGUGUGAUGUAGUUGGUUGCCAAACUUGAGUAACAGAAUGGUGGUAUUAUUGAAAAUAA